GAUGAAGAGGAAAAACUUCCUCUACAACUUCAAGAACCUGCGCUGGGCCAAGGGCCGGCGUGAGACUUACCUCUGCUAUGUUGUGAAGCGCCGUGACAGUGCCACUUCUUGCUCCCUGGACUUUGGAUACCUGCGCAAUCAGAUGGGCUGCCAUGUAGAGGUGCUCUUCCUGCGCUACAUCUCAGCCUGGGACCUGGACCCAGGCCGCUGCUACCGUAUCACAUGGUUCACCUCAUGGAGCCCCUGUUACGACUGCGCCCGACACGUGGCUGACUUCUUGCGGGCCUAUCCCAACUUGACCCUGCGCAUCUUCACUGCCCGCCUCUACUUCUGCGAGGAUCGCAAGGCAGAGCCUGAGGGGCUGAGGCGCCUGCACAGGGCUGGGGCCCAAAUUGCCAUCAUGACCUUCAAAGAUUACUUCUACUGCUGGAACACAUUUGUGGAGAACAGGGAAAAGACCUUCAAAGCCUGGGAGGGGCUGCAUGAAAACUCUGUCCGUUUGUCCAGACAACUCCGACGGAUCCUCUUGCCACUGUAUGAAGUAGAUGAUUUACGAGAUGCCUUUAAAACCCUGGGACUUUGAAGUGAAAGUCAUCAACAAUCAGAAGAUUACACAAACACUUCAUCUCCAUCUCUACUCCUCACAGUAGAUCUUUCUCAUCUUCACUCUUCUUAUCUCUCCUUUCAGCCGUAAGUCCAGAGAUAAGACUAUCCUUACUUUUUCAUUUCCAAGAAAAAUUAGGCUGGUCUUCUGAAGACACAUUGCCCUAGAUUCACACCUUAUCCAUUGCUAGUUGGGAACAGCCAGGACUGUAGUGACAUUGCCAGAGAGCAAUUUGCCCUCCUUUGGCCCCUGCAGAGCUAAUUUAGGUUGUUCACUCACAUGAGCUCUGGGUUCAGCCUUGCCCAGGAGCAGACAGACUGCUAAGCUGCAUGCUUCACUGUGUUCUCACUGACACUGCACUGAUCUGCACUUACCACCAGGGCUUUGGGGAGCAUGUCUCUUAGAGCUGCACUGAGCGUCCUUCCCUAUUAGAUGGUCUAUCUUUGUAGAUGCAGGUAGACUCUUGAAGACCACCAGCAUUUUAAGUGGUUUAGCCUAUGUCUAACAGCAAAAUUGGCCAGUUAUUGGAUAGUUUGACUGAGAACCUUGCUUGGACAGCCCAGCUAGCUCAGCUUGAAAACCUCACCUGAAGCUAGCAGGUUCUGUAAGAUGACUGUGGGCUGAAGGCAAUUCAUGAACAGCAGCCAAGGCUAACUCUUCAUGAAAGACCUGCUGAGAGACCCCACAACUGAACUGUCAGUUUCCAAAGAUCUGCCAUCUUGUCUACCACAAUAUUAUCUUCCCAUAGUGCUGCCCUUACAGGAGAGGCUGAAAUCAGAAUAUCCAUCAAAUCAUCACGAAACCUCCUGCAUAGGCCCAGUCCCUAUAAUAUCCCUUUCCCAGAAAGGAGUGAGAUUCAGUAGCUACAGGUCCAGGUUCAUGCCCUGAGAGAGGUUGAAACUAGUAAAAAAUUCUCUGAAUGACAUUUUCAAGAGUGAACUGCAAUUCUGAGCGCCCAGUAAGAUAUUUUCCAUGCAGAAAUAGGAAGCCCACUCAAUUCCUGUUAACUAUAUUGGGAACCAUGGCAGCUCUGGGCCAGUACUGAUCAGCAUGUGGGCCUGUCAUCAAGCCAGAAAAGGACUCACCAACCACUGCAAUAUUUUCCCAUCAUACAUCUAUUGGUUCAGGCUAUGGAAAAAUGUUUCAUUUCCACAUUGUAAUGUCCCUUAAACUUAAUUUCUCAAUCGUGUAGGUUGAGGCUGUGACAUUUAGACAAUGCAUUGGCAUCCAGAUCAGGCACUGUCUGUUUCUUGAAGUACUGCUGGGUGGAACACCACAGCUCCCACUACUGGGGUACUUUCCAGCCUCUGAGCAUUUCCUCCUAAAUCAGACUUGAGAUAUGCUCCCUCUCUAGCCUGCUGUCUUCCGCAGGAGGCAACCUAGCAGUCCCAUAGUCCUGUUUUUUCAGGCCUUUUACCACCUCUACCCUAGCUAGAUACAUCUAGUUGGUGAUUGGCCAAAGACCUGGCCAGCAAAACACCUGGCAUGAACAAAGCUGUACAGCCUGUCUGAACCUUUUUGUAGGGUGCAAAAUCAAAACACCCUUCCAUCCUUCUGUCUGACAAUCAUUGUUUCCACUAGGGGAACCAUUUAGCACUGCUAGAAGCCUGGUCUUGUAGACAAAGUCUUUAGGAGGUCGAAGACAUUGGUUGAUAGCCACACCCCUACUACCACCCUGUUACUACUUAAAUUGCAGCUGGAUUGCUUUCUAUGGUUUAAUCUCUUGAGGCUUUCCCUGCUCUUACUGUCAGCAUCCCAUGCUCUGGGGAUGCUCUGUCAUUUCCUUCAUGGUAAGGGCAAGUUCUCUAGUCUACCCUGUUUCUCUUUCUGGGUAAGGCUACAGGCUCCUGUGUCACUCCUCGCAAUGCUUCCUCUGGUGAUGGGCCAGGAUCAAGACAGUGGAGAGCUCUGCUCUCACAGUGCUUCCUGCUAGCUUCCUGUUAGCAGAGGUCAGAGCUGGGUGCAUCACAAGCUUCCUACAACUUCAGGAUCCUGAGGCACUCUCAUCUCAGGGAAUCUGGGCUAGGAAUAGCAGUGUUAGUUCUUUGCAAAGC